AUGGUGCGCCCCGCGGCGAUGCGCCUCGGCGCCAAGCAGGCGCCGUCGCCCAUUGCGCAGCAGGUCCGCACCGUGCGCCAGAGCCCCUUCCAGCGCCCGGCCGGUCCCACGCACAGCCAUGUCCAGCCGAUGGCGCAGGGCAGCAGCGGCUUUGGCCAGGCUGCGCCCAGCUUCUCGACGCAGGGCGGCUGGACCAAGGCGCUGACGAGCGUCGGCAUUAUUGCUGCCACCGCUAUCGGUGCCAACCUCUUCUUUAACCGCGAGACGCGCGACGGCCUGAGCGUGCAUGAGUCGAGUUACCUGAACUCGACGUUUAGCUACCUCGGCGGCGGUCUUACGGUGACGGGCCUGAGCGCCUACGCGCUGCACCGCUUCGGCUUCUCGGCGCGCCUCAUGGCCGCGAACCCCUGGCUGGUGCUGGGUGUGGGUCUUGUGGCGUCCAUCGGUGGUAUGAUGGGCGCGCAGGCUCUGCCGAGCUCGCACCCCCUCAAGGUGCCCGCGUGGCUCCUGUUUAAUGUGAGCCAGGCCGCGGUGCUCAGCCCCCUCUUUUUCCUGCACCCCGCGAUUCUGGCGCGUGCGGGUCUCUACACGGCCGGCCUGAUGGGCUCGCUCUGCUACGUCGGCGCGACCGCGAAGGAGAACCAGUACCUGUUCCUCGGCGGCCCGCUCCUGGCGGGUGUGACGAUCGUCGCGCUCUCCUCGCUGGCCCCGAUGAUUUUGCCCACGACGGCCGUGCGCACGCUGAUGGCGACCGAGGCCAUCUCGCUGUACGGUGGUCUGGCCGUCUUUGGCGGCUUUGUCCUCUGGGACACGCAAAAGAUUCUGCAGCACGCCAAGAUGGUCGAGGCGGGCAUGCGCCCCUCGGACCCGCUCGCGGAGAGCAUCGGUCUUGAGCUCGACUUUAUCAACAUCUUUACGCGCCUGGUGCAGAUCCUGGCGAUGCGUGACCAGCGCCGUCGCUAA